AUGUCUGGAAUUGCCGCUGGGCGUUUAGCCGAAGAACGAAAGGCCUGGAGAAAAGACCAUCCUUUUGGUUUUAUUGCUAAACCAACAAAGAAUCCAGACGGCACUCUUAAUUUAUUCAACUGGGAGUGUGCCAUUCCUGGUAAGAAGGAUACCGUAUGGGAAGGAGGGCUGUUCAAGUUGCGCAUGAUAUUCAAGGAUGAUUUCCCCUCAACACCUCCUAAGUGCAAAUUCGAGCCUCCUCUUUUCCACCCCAAUGUGUAUCCAUCAGGAACCGUCUGUCUUUCAUUAUUAGAUGAGAAUAAGGAUUGGAAGCCAUCAAUUUCUAUUAAGCAAUUGUUAAUGGGUAUUCAAGAUUUAUUAAAUAACCCCAACGUGGAAGAUCCAGCUCAAGCUGAAGCAUAUCAAAUUUACUGCCAAAAUAGAGUCGAAUAUGAAAAGAGAGUUCGUCGGGAGGCCAUGAAAUUUAGCGCAGAAAUUGUCCAGAAGCAGAUGGGAAUUAAUUGA